GAGUACAGGGAUUUUUGAAAAAAAACAUUUUCUCAGAAUUAUCCACAACAUAUAUAAAUCAACUCAGUUUUUAACGCUGAUUCUGAAUCUGUUAUUAAUUUUGAAAAAAAUUGUAGUUUUCUAACGAAACAUUGACUGGAAAAGGUCUCAACAUACACAAAAACUGCAUGUAGAAACCAAAUUGCCUAGAUAUGUCUCAGAUGACCAGCAGUUUGGGGGUUUCUCAAAUGCCUGGUUUUGUAGCUAGUCAAAAAGACUAUCGAAAGGUAAAAACCCGAACUCGAUAGCUAUUACUAUUGAUGAUUUAUUAUUAAAAAAAUUGCUUAUCCCUUUUCACUUUUUAUUUUUCUUCGUCAGAGUGAUUAUCUUAAAAUAAAAUUAUUUAACCAUACAACAGAUAAUGAUGAAUAUUUAAAUAAUGAAAGACAAUGUUUAAUUAAAAUGUUUGCUGUAAGUUUAGAAAUAAAAUUUUGUUUUAAAAAUGUUUGUUUUUUUGUGUACUCAAAAAGUGAGUACACUCUAGAAUUGGUCAGUGUGUCCGUCCGGCCGUCCGUUUACACGAUAACUUUUGAAAGGAGAGUCAGAUCGCGAUGAAAUUUUCUACACAUUUCAGUCUUAACAAUAUCUCGGUCGAGUUCGAAGAUGAGAAGGAUUGGCCGAGCCCUUCUUGAGUUAUUGUAAAAAUAGUCAUUUUCCCCUAUGCUUUCCUAUGUAAAGAUCGACCUAUCCUCACUUUCGUAAAAAACUUUUCCUAUCAUAGACAAAUAAAAAUCCAACUAUUUCUAGGAUUAAUCAUCUGUCUCAUUCACUUUUUGAAGUACACAUAACUCUCGGAUUUAAAUCCGAGGUUUCCGCAUUUAUUUUAAGAUAAAUUUAUUUACAGUUGAACUAAGUUAGUUUGGUAUGCCUCCUAAAGGAAGUAAAAGUAAAAGGAGAAGUCAAUUGCAAGAUGCAAGAAAUCGUCGCUGGUCAAAUACAAAGACUUCGGAUGAGAGCGACUCGUCAGGUGACGAAUAUGGCAUGGAUAUUGAUGAUAAAGAAUUAAAUUUUAGUGAAAAACUUUUGUUAACCGACAUUGGUGAUCUUGCUGAAAUGUGUAAGUCGAAAUGUGGCACGAAAUAUCUAAGUACUUUGCUUUAUAUGACAUUACGUUUCUUCAACAUUAAAUGGGAACAUGUGGAUGAAUAUUUGAAAAGUAUUGGUUUCAUGACCGCGCAAACAUCACAUAAAUGGGCUGUAAUGUUUAUCAAAGGAGAUUAUGAAGAAUUUUCAAGUGAUUCACGCGGUGGAAAACAUACUGACUCGUUCUAUGAUACGUUUCCCGAAAUUGAAGCAGAUGCUAGAUCCUUCGUUGUUCAAGCAUGUUCACAAAAGUCAGGAGAUUUCAAAGCGAUGGACCUGGCUCAGUUUAUUGACACAAAAUACUAUGAAGUAACAGGAAUUGAAAAACAAAGUGACGACGAUUUGAUAAGAUCCGAAAGAAGCUGUCGUGUGGAUCUUCGCAGAUGGGGAGCUAAAUUCGACGCGAAUUCACAACGCCCAUAUUUUGAAGGACAUGAAAGAGACGAUGUGGUGAAACAUCGUCAUGAAUUUAUUAAUCAUUUUCUAACGCAUAAAGACUUUUAUUACACAAUUACUGAUGGUGAAACACCUAUGUGGAUUUUGCCAACCCAAAAUCCUCACAGAAUACUUAUAUUUCAUGAUGAAUCAACAUUUAGAAGCGGUGAAGUUAGUCCAAAACGGUGGUUUUUCCAAGAACAUACACCGUUUUUUUCAAAGGGACGCGGUCGUAGUCAUAUGGUUUCUGAUUUUCUUGUUCAACAUCCUAGUGGACCACUUUUUGGACUUAGUGAAAAUGAAUGGAAACAAGCUGUUCGGAAAUAUCAAUCGUUAAGUGUUGAUGGUGAUGUUAAUUAUCUUGAUCGAACAGCAACAGCUAGUAUUAAUAUUGGAACAGACGCGUAUUUUGAUAACGAUACGAUCCUAGGACAGUUUGAACGACUAUUUCAAAUGCUAGAAUUCAAACAAGAAUACAAGGAUAAUCAGAUAGAAAUUAUCGUGGACAACGCAAGAACUCACACUGCCAAAUCAUAUUCAUUACAAGACUUUGGUAAAAAUGUUGGCACUCGUUGUCCUGUUGAACAAAUCGAAUAUAUUGAUGAAAAUGGUGCAACAAAAGUUGUUGAUUGUUAUUUUAAAGGAGGAGAAAACAAAGAUAAAUCAAAAGGUUUAGUUGAACUAUGUAAAGAUUUAGGUGUGCAGUUACCAGCUAAAAUUAAAUUAGACGAAAUUCGUGAAAUACUUUCAGCGCAUCGAGCUUUCCGAAAUGUAAGUGAUAAUCAUUCCAGUCUUUUCAGCAUAUUCGAUCUUAUGUCGUUUAUUUUGUUAUUUAGGCUAAGGUGCCGGCAGUGCAAAAUUCAAGUAAAAAUUUUUUUUUUGCCUUUUUUUCACAUCGCCCGAUAGAGCUUGAGCUGCUGAUCACGAAUAUCUACUUUUUAGGCUUAGUGAAUGCUUUAUUCCGGUCGAAAAAUACGAAAUACUCGGAGGAUGUCGUUUUCUUCAAAAAACACAUCUUAUCCAAAAUGUGCGAAAUUUUCUGCUUCGUUC